AUGGCGACAACGCGACACAUGUGUUCAAAUCCAUAUUUAAUGGCGGCUGUGAUAUUGUACCUGUCAGGUGUAGCAGACGCCAGGUAUUUACAACAGCAAUACACGUCGCCGGUUGCAUUUGUUGCCGAUGCAACAGCCUCGGUAGGCAGUGGUGCUCUACUGGAAGCUUCGGGAGCUAGUGGUGCUCUACUGGAAGCCUCGGAAGGCAGUGGUACUCUGCUGGAAGCUUCAGGAGGCAGUGGUACUCUGCUGGAAGCCUCGAGAAGCAGUAGUACUCUGCUGGAAGCCUCGGGAGGCAGUGGUACUCUGCUGGAAGCUUCAGGAGGCAGUGGUACUCUGCUGGAAGCCUCGAGAAGCAGUAGUACUCUGCUGGAAGCCUCGGGAGGCAGUGGUACUCUGCUGGAAUCCUCGAGAAGCGGUAGUACUCUGCUGGAAGCCUCGGGAGACAGUGGAGCUCUACUGGAAACUUCGGGAGGCAGUGGUGCUCUGCUGGAAUCCUCGAGAAGCGGUAGUACUCUGCUGGAAGCCUCUGGAGGCAGUGGUACUCUGCUGGAAACCUCGGGAGGCAGUGGUACUCUGCUGGAAUCCUCGGGAGGCAGUGGUACUCUGCUGGAAGCCUCGGGAGGCAGUGGUACUCUGCUGGAAGCUUCGUGA